CCAAAUCCAGUCUCGCUCCUCUCGAAUUUAUUAAAGGUUCUAUUUUUCUACUCUCAAGCUCUAAGCUUUCUCUCUGUUCCCUGAUUCGCAUAACCCAUUGAUGAAAUGCGAUUUCUCGGGGAAAUAUCGGAGUCACCUUUUCUGAUUUCACGGCUAAACCCUAAUUCGACGGCUAAAGGGCAUGGAGGCGGCGGGCUUAUCGGCGGAUGGGUCGAUAGGUGUCAUGGAUUCCUACAUAACACGGUUCUCGUUGCGGCUUCUCUCUUCUUUGUCGCUUACUUAGCUUACGAGGCGAAGAAGAGCUUGUCUAAACUCUCGAAUCGACGAUCUUACAUCAUGAUCGCUUAUUAUGGGUGUCUUUGGCUCGUUAGCUUGUCAAAUCUUGUUUGGUGCUGCCUCCAGGGUUGGGAAUGCACUCCUGGGAAAGAAGUAGUUUGGAAUCUGUUAACUUUGUUUACAACAUCUGGAAUGUUGUUUCUGGAAGUAAGCUUGGUAGCUUUUCUUUUCCAAGGAAACUAUGCAAGCGGUGCAGAAGCGUUAACUAGAACUUUCCUCAUCUCGGGGUUUAUUAUUGGUCUUGAUUUGCUUCUCAAGGUAAUUUAUCUCUUUGGGUUUGGUGUGCCGUUGUUUAUUGACAACAAUGAAAAUAUACAAAAGUUCAAAUGGGGAUUAUGGGUCAUUCACAAGCUCCUACUCACUGGCGUUUAUGGGAUGAUAUUCUUGAUGUACAACUCUAGGUGGAGAGAAAGAUUGCCUGCAAGGCCUGCAUUUUACAAGUACAUAACCAUCAUGUUCGCCUUAUACGGACUUUACCUAGUUGCAUCUGCGUUUACUGCAAACGGUGCUCAUUUCGGAUUCUGGUUGUAUGGGAUCAUGAGUGUCUGCUACCACGCGUUAUACCUUCCUCUUCUUUACAUUACUUUUCUCGCAGACUUUUUCCAGGAAGAAGAUCUGAACUUGGAGAAUGUAUACUACUCAGAGAUGAAGGAUGCUGGAUUUUUCGAUUCUGAUUGGGAAUAGGACUAGAAUAACAAACAUCUUCCCGAUCUUCUGAGACUGUAAUUAGAAGUUGGGUACGAUCUCUUAGGACUAUAGGUAUUGCCGCUUUUUUAAGGCCCUUGUUUAUAUUUUAGUGUUUAGUCAUGUGUUUAUGAGACUAUGUAGUAUGCGUGAGUCUGUACUCUCGAAUAAACGUGUAACAUCCUUGUCUUUUAU